UCACUCUCUGGCUCUCUGGCUCUCAUUCGUGGAGCUGCUGCACGUCGGCCAGUCUCCCGGGUCCGGCUUCACUGCAGUGUGGAGGGGGGCGGGGAGGACAGAAGAGGCAGGGCUCUCGAACUCCGUGUGAUGCGCUGAGAAAAUGGUGCACCAGGAGAAACGCGUUUACCAGGCCCAGCGCAAUGAGAGAGAGUGCAUCAGGCAGAAACUCGCCCUUGGCAGUUUCUAUGACGACGAGCCAGUCAUCUACCCCAGCAAAAACGCCCAAUCCUCCCGGCUACAGGGUGGGGUGAACCUGCAGGUGUGUUUACUCAACGACAGCAGCAGCAGCGACAAGGACAGCGAUGCUGAGGACAGCAGGACGGAGACCAGCCUGGAUACACCCCUCUCACCACUGAGCAAGCAGAGCUCGUCACUGUCUGACCGGGACACUGGGGAGGAGGACUCUGACCUGGGCGCCCUGGACGACUGCGGCGGGUUCUGGCAGGUCCAGCGGAGGCUCCAGGAAGAGGCCCAGGUGGCGCUGGCCCUGGCCCGGCCCAUGGCCCGCAUGCAAGUGGAGGUGGAGAGGCAGAUCCAGCAGCACCGGCGCUCGCCUGUGGCUGACUUGGUCAGUCAAUAUUUGCUCAAAUUAGAGCAGACAACCAAGUAUGAAUGUUCUUGUGAGGGUAUUUGUGUUCGUGGUGGUCUUGGAUUCAAACGCUUAAUGCCCAGACUCACACCCCCUCAAGAUACUGAGCUAUUUAAUAUUUACAAGUUAGUACAAUAAAGUACAGUACUGGUUGCAAUCAGCAGCCACCUCUCCUGCGCUGUAAGUCUGUGUAUACACAUUCACACCCACACAUACAACCAGACACACAGACACAUUUGUUUUGGUAAAUGCUCAGCGAACAAUGGUGGUUCUCAUUCAUUGGAAUACGUUGGAAUUUUCCAAGGGUCCAGACAUGCAUUUGCAGGAUAUGCGUUGGCUUUGUUGGCAGGAGAGUCGCAGCACACUGUGCAGAAAGUGUUCAUGGACCUUUCCGGUAAAACAAACAUACAAAGGAGAGAGGAAAGAAUUAAUGUUUUUUUC